UUAGUAAAAUGGCCGACCAGGAUCGAUAAAAGUUGUGAUGUGUUUUCAGUCAAAUACUGUAAUUUUAAAAACAAAAUAAAUGUUGAAAAACCUAUGAAUUGCUAGUGUAUAUAGUGUAUUUGUGUUUCAAAAUAAAUUCGUGACUUUUAUUUCCGGUUAGUGUGCUUUAAACCCAGAAAGAAACUUUUAUUAUGUAGCAUUUGUUUUAGUAAGUACCAUGUAAUUAAGUGUACCGCCGCACUUGACUUAAUAUCCUGAAAUCGAGAAGGGAAAUCCCAAUGGCGACUACUCAAGGAGAAAUCAGGGUGGGUCCCGGAAACCAGGUAAAAGACAUUUAUGCUCGUUUACCUGAAUAUCGUCCAGGUGUACCCCCAGAACAACUGUCGCCUGAUCCCGAACACACCAAAACCAGAGAGGAAUUGCGAUGGGUCCCAGCCAUGACUCUGGAUUCGGACCUUCUGAUGUACUUACGGGCCGCUAGGUCUAUGGCAGCUUUCGCCGGCAUGUGCGACGGAGGAUGUCCAGAAGACGGCGCCAAUGCCGCCUCUAGGGACGACACCACAAUCAAUGCCUUAGACGUGCUUCACGAUUCCGGGUAUGACCCCGGAAAGGCACUGCAGGCGCUAGUGAAGUGUCCCGUGCCGAAAGGGAUCGAUAAGAAGUGGAGCGAGGAGGAGACGAAGCGUUUCGUGAAAGGUCUGCGACAGUUCGGCAAGAACUUUUUCAGAAUCAGGAAAGAUUUGCUACCUCACAGAGAUACGCCUGAGUUAGUAGAAUUUUAUUACUUGUGGAAGAAAACGCCGGGUGCGAAUAACAACAGACCCCAUCGUAGGCGUAGACAGGGGUCCCUGAGACGAAUUAGGAAUACUCGAAAUAGUAGAGGAGGUAAUGCUUCAUCUAAUGCAGCACGCAAUGCACCACCAGAAGUUGAAAAUAACAGACCGUCGCCCCAGCCAGGCAAGGAACCGGGCGAGACAAGCUCUGUAACUGAGGACGAUAAUGACAGCGAAGACGACAGUGACAGUCGCGAGGCACAGUACCGUUGCUCUCAUUGUUUCACCACAAGUUCAAAAGAUUGGCAACCAGGCGGUAAGGACAGACAGUUGCUCUGUUGGGACUGUAGAGCCCACUACAAAAAAACAAAUGAUUUGCCACCUCUUACAGCACCACCUACAACUGGAAACACACCACCAACUACAGAAAGCCCGGAUGCGAGCCCACAGAGAAUGCGGACGAGAAACAAGGCGGCGAAGGAACAGACGACAAACCGCGCCAGACCUAAACGUGGCGGAACGGAAACACCCGAACCGAAAACUCCCGUUAAGCAAAAUAAUAAUAACGAGAAGAUAACGCCGAACCAACCCAACACCCCAGGGAAGAAGAAGGGCAAAACGGACAAACCCGAAACGCCGAAUAAAAAUCGGAAACGUCAACAAGAAAAUAGAGUUGAAGAAAACGAGUUGGAGGAGAAAGAUCUGGGUCUACUUAAGAAAAAACGAGAGAGAGCGGAGAGUCCUUCCAGCGUCACGACCGAUUCUGAAACAGUGAACGAAGACGUGGAGAACACCGAAAAUGAUAACGAUACGUCGGACGUACCUCCGCCUAGCUCCACGACGGUUGUCACAACUCCCCUACAAGCGAUGGUAACGACAAGCAUCGCCCCUGCAAUGAACACCAACAACAACAUAAUUACCCCGGAACCCCUUCCGAAACCCAUUAUGAAACCAGACAUACUUGAACCGCCAGAGAUAAAACCGUCCAUACAAGCGACCGCGCCAAACAGUACCAGUUUGCCAGUUAUCCAGUCAACUAAACUACAAACGCCGGCCAAUAUGGAACCGAUGCCACUCAACGUAUCCAUUCGAUUACCCGACGACAUAAACGAGAGGAAGAACCUUAUCAAACGUAACUUAGACAACGUCUUGGACAUGAAAGACAUCAAAUACAAUCCGGACGGUAUGAAAUAUAACUCGGACAACAUGAAGAUCAAUCCAGAAGCCGUCAGGUUCGCUCAGCAGGAAUAUAAAAGGGAGCAGCAGCAGCAGCAACAGCAGAUGAAAAAGCAGGAAAUGCAACCUAAGAUGGAAAAGGAAGUAAAAGAAGAGACCAAAGAGUCCUUGCCUCCGCAGCAGAUACCGCUCGUUCCCGAAAAACCGUUCAAAACCGAACUCAUAAUACCAAAAGUCCACACCAUAGACAAGAUAAAGGAGGAGAUGGAUUCCUCCAACGAGGCCAUCAGCAUGAACCCUAUGAUUCUGAACCCUAAUCUGGACGGCAAAGACGAAAACAUUUACAAAGAGAACAUAUUCAUGCCCCACAGUAAAAACAUCAAAGAGCCGAUAUCAUUCGGAAUGAAAGAUCCGCCGCUGAUGAACCACCUCCAACCGAAACACGGUCUAAACCUGAAGGAGCCCCAGGUGGAGAAACACAAAGAGCAGAUCAUCAACAUGAACCAUUCCAGUUACAUUUCCGAUAAGAAACCGGAUCCUUACGGCUACCAAAGCUCGCAGAGCUCCAACAAAGACUCGACCCCCACCACCGCCGCCACCAUCAACAGCGUGAACAACACGGUGAUAAAACUAGAACCCAGAGACGAACCGAUGGAGCUCACGAAUCAAAACAGAAACGAACCACCACAACCGUACGGCAGUAUGCCGCAACCCCUCAAUAUACCCCAGGUUAUCCCGAUGUCGCAGCAGAUCCCCGCCAAUCUCCGACAAAGCAGCGACAGCCACUACGAAGAAGAGAAGAAGAUGGAGAAAUUGGAACGCCCGGAAAGGUUGGACCGGCCCGACCGCAUCGACCGUUCAGAUCGUUCCGAGAUGGGACCCAUUACCUCGUCCUCGAUAGGGCAACCUCCGCUUCCCAGCCUGAUGCAAUCCAGUAACUUGGUCACUAUCGGGGGAUCUCAAGCGCCACAGAUCAACCACUACGGGUUCAUGACGGGCGUGUCUCCAUUCAGCCACCCCCAGUCGCCUAGGAACCCGGAGAAGAGUCAGAGUCACAGUCACAUGCAGCAAGGCAGCGCACAAGGACAGAACCAGAACGAGCCGCAGAAUCUCAAAAUAAAGCAGGAGAUUCCAGACAUCUCUUCCAGUCAGAGCAGUCAAAGUCUGCCCCCGAACCAUCUAAGCGGUUUGAAUACUUUCACGCAAAACGCGCUGCCGCCUGGACCCGGCCAGACGUCGCAUAAUAUGAACAUUUUACCGCCGAGUUCGCAAGGUUUGUCCGCCACCACGAACUUGAAUUUGCCGACCUCGGGCGGUUAUAUCCAGCCUCCGAGUCACAUGCAAGGGCAGCCCAUGGCGGAUCCCCUGCAAAGUUUACGAGACGUUAAAAUACCCGGUUAUUUGCCCCCACCACAGCCUCCGUCUACGCAGUCGUCGUCUACAACCGACCGGAGUGACAGGCCGGCCUCUGGCCCAGCCGUGGAGAACAUCAAGAAGGAACCGGAAUUCGGACGACCGUCUAGCAGCGGUCCCAGCCCGAAAACGCCGUCCGAUAAAUGUAGUACUCCCAAAAAUAAUACCCCGGGAAUUCAAAUAUCGGCCACUCCUCCGCUAAGACAACAAGGAACAAACUCGCCGCACACCGCAGUAAACCUGAUAAGCCCCAGUUCUGGUCCUCCGACAUCCCUCUCGCAGCCGCACCCUCACCAACCGCACGGUCCGUCGUACGGGUCCAUGCACCCCCCUCAUCAUCUAGUCCAUCCCUCGUUUCUCCACAUGCAAUUUCCCGGCCAUCCGUAUUCCGGUUAUCCGUUCUCUUACCCUUACCCCUAUCCCGUUCCGCCCCAACCGCACCCAAUACCUCCUCCAACUAGUCGUCCGGAUAUGGUAGUCCCGCCCAAGUCCAUCGAUACCGUCAGUGCCACGUUGAUGUCUUCCCAACACAGCACGAGUAGCACGUUGACGUCCAAACGGGAGACGAGGGAGUCCGACGAGACCGGCGCCGAGAGGCACCAGACGCACGAAAUGACGCUGACCAACCACCAGAGCACGUCUCACAAUAGUUCUGUCCAUGCCACGGUGGAAAAACACAAUUACGGGGGCAGUCAUAGCAUCACGAUAUCGCACAGCACGUCGACGAGUUCCAGUCAGAGCGUUCAGCACAAAGUGAAUCAGAAAACCGUGAGGACCAGUUCGCCCCAUACUCCCGUUUCCCAGAGUUCCUCAACCACUAGCUUAAACCACUCGUCUUCAUCUUCAACGAGCAACCACCAGCAUACACAUCACCACACUCACACGCACCACGACAGGAUGUCACCCGGCAACCAACUGCUGCGGCACAGUAUGCAUAACAAGCCCCCAACGCCCCAGACCAACCCGCAUCACCUUAUGAUCCAACCGCCCAACAUGGGACACCAUCCGUCGCCGCUGGAACGUAUUAUCAACGAUUUUUCAGGCCCUCCGUCGAUGGGCAGCAGUUCCCUGGACGCCCUAAGGGCCCACGCGGCCCAAGCUGCCGCGAAUAUGCAGCAGUCCAGUAAUAUGCACCCGCCGAGCACCUCGCCGAUGAAUCCUCCCCCUAAGCCGGUGUCGGACGAGAUAAUCAAGGUCGAACCAGAUCCGGGUCCGUCGACUCCCGAAGAAGAGAGCCAGAGUAGUCCCGUAGCCCCAUCAAGGGGGCCUUCGCCUGAACCUAGGAUCGAAGAUACCGAGUGUCACAGAAGUCAAAGUGCAAUAUUUUUGCGGCAUUGGAAUCGAGGCGAUUACAAUUCGUGCACAAGGACCGAUCUCACAUUUAAACCAGUUCCCGAUUCGAAAUUAGCGAGGAAGAGGGAGGAGAGGCUGAGGAAACAGGCGGAGAGGGAGAGGGAGGAAAGAGAGCGAGCCCAACAAGCCCAACAGAGGAAAAUCACGACUCCCGAAAAACCAGAUGUGAAGCCGCCGUCUAGGGGUCCUUUGGAAACGGUUUCCUCGCCUUACGAGAGGUUCCCGAGACCCGGUUUUAAUGAUACGCCCGCGUUGAGGCAGUUGUCGGAGUAUGCCAGGCCGCACGCUGGAUUCAGUCCAGGUCACAUGCCGAGGUCUCUACUGCCCCCGUCUCAUGUCAUGGACCCCAUGCUACAGUUCCAGUUAAACAGCAUGUACGGUCCAGGUGCAAGGGAAAGAUUGGAACUGGAGCAUUUGGAGAGAGAAAAGAGGGAACGUGAGAUCAGGGAGCUGCGCGAAAGAGAACUCAACGACAGAAUCAAAGAAGAGAUCAUGAAGAGCGGUAUGCGAGGGCCGCCAAACCCAAUGGACCCCCAUUGGCUGGAGCUGCAGCGGAGAUACGCUGCGGGAUUGGCGGGCCCAGGAGGUACGUGUUUUAUAGGACCGGCGGGACUUCCGCUGCACCACUACGCCUUGUACCCAGGAGGCGGUAGCGCGCAAUUGUCCCAAAUGGAAAGGGAGAGGUUGGAGAGGCUGGGCAUUCCACCUCCCGGAGCCCCGGGGGGUCCCGGUGGCCCGCCGCCGGGCCACCCACACCACCCCGCCCAUCAAGCGCAAUUGGAAGCGGCGGAGAGGCUGGCCCUUGCUACAGAUCCUAUGUUGAAGGUAAGGUUGCAAAUGGCUGGCAUUUCUCCAGAGUACCAUGCCCAUACCCAUGCACAUACCCAUGCCCACACCCACUUACACCUGCAUCCGCAACAGCAGCAGGCGCAGCAGGAGGCGGCGGCUGCUGCGGCAGGAUUCCCCCUACCAGCUUCUGCGGCGCCGGGUUACCCCCGCCCUGGGCUAAUCCCUGGUAGAGACGGUCCGCUAGGACUGCACCACCCCGAUCUUCUAGGUCGACCAUACGCGGAUCAACUGGCGCAUCAGGCCGCUGCACAUGAACAAUUACAGAGGCAGAUGCUGCUAGAAAGAGAUAGAUUUCCUCCCCACCCCUCGAUUGUUGCUCAACAUGAAGAGUACCUAAGGCAGCAAAGAGAGCGCGAACUUAAAGUAAGAGCUUUAGAGGAGGCAGCAAGAGGUUCUAGACAGUAAUAUGUUUUCUCUCCAUGGCCCAAAAUUCUGAUUUGAAAAAGGUUAGUUUCUAAACUAAAGCAAAUCAAAUUGUAUUAUCAUGUACAUGUUUUACAAAAAAAAAGUGUAUUUUGAAAUCUUUCUCAUAGUUUCACUACCUACUUAAAAUAGUUCAUAAAUAGUAAAUAUAUUGCUAAUUUAUAUAUAUAAAAAAAAAGAAAAUAUAUACAAUUUUAAUUUUUUAAAAUAUUUUUUGCAAUCAUAGAAAGUAAUUUUUGUAUACAUAUUGAUGUUAGUAUUAAAUACAAGAGAAUAAGUAAACAGAAAAUACAAAACGUGGAGUCGUCUCUUUAGAUAUACUUAGUAUGUUUUAGGCGUUUUUUUUUCUUUUUCGUUGGAGUUUAUUUUCUGUUUAUUUAUAAAAAAUAUCUGUAAAUAGUUGAUAUAAGAUGAAAAUGGGUUAUACCAUUUGUAUUUAUAUUAUUGUGACAGUAACAUAUUUUUUAAUAAUUUUGGAAAUUGUACAGUGUCUUCCUAUUAUGUAAAAAAUGCUCUUUGAAAAUAUCUUCUUGUACAUUAUUGGAACCUGGCUGGAGUUUAUCCAAGAUUUGGGUAAGUGCUUUACCGGCAUGUAAAUAUACGUGUAAAAAUAUUUCGGAUUUUACGUGGUUUUACGUCCCCGCCUUAUACAUAAUUUUGUCCAAUAUUUACAUAUUCAAGCACAAUUUAGUAUAACUUUAGAAAUAUAAAAUUUGUAAUUAUAAAGUUAGAGUGUAGAGAGAAGGGGGGUAAAACUAUUUCAAAUCUGAAAUCGUAUUUAUGAUUUAUGAGUUUCUAUCUUCUUUCUAGCCUGAAGAAGUUGCAAUAUUUGUAGCAAUAUUGUUACAUUGAAAGAUUUAAAAAAAUGUACAAAAUACGUCUUUCAUUUUUCUACGUUGGUGUACACGUAAGAUAUUUUCAAGGAUUCCAGGUAUACUAGAUGGAAAAAAGCAUACUUUGUAAGAAGUUUUAUAACAGUUUGAAAUAUACGAUUUAACGAG